GUUCUCGAGGUGUUGUAAUACUAAUGUAUAUUGAAGCAUAUAUGAACCAGAAGUUUUUUAUCCGCAGCAAUGCACCAGUGUUUAGUCACCUUCUUUCAGUUAUUUGGUAGCAAUGGCGAUUCCUUCUCAACAGCUUCUUCAAUGCCUCAUUCACACUUGUAUUCCUAGUUCCUUCUCCCUCCACGGUGGACCUCUCCAAUCAACUGUUACAAAAUGCCCAAAAAAACGUCUCACGUUCAGUUGCAGAUCAUCGGCAAGCGAUGAUCGCCAGGACGACGAUUAUCUGAUAGAUGCUCCUGUUUCGGUCGGUGAUGGGUUUUCUUUCACUGGAGGAAAAUAUUCGGAUGGGCCUAACCCUUCUGAUGAAUGGUUUAAACAAGGCAAGAUGGUAAAAGCUCAUUCUGUUGGUGGUUCUGGUGGAAAGGCCAAAGAUCCGAUAUUUGGACUUACAAUGGGUGUUGGUUCUCAGGCCCCACCUGACCUUUUCAGAUGGUUUUGCGUUGAACGUGGCAGUGCUGAUAAUCCUUCGGUUAUACUAGUUCAUGGUUUUCCUUCACAGGCAUACUCUUAUCGCAAAGUUCUCCCCAUGCUUUCUGCAGACUAUCAUACAAUUGCUUUUGAUUGGCUAGGCUUUGGAUUUUCAGAUAAGCCUCAACCUGGAUAUGGCUUUGACUACACUCUAAAUGAGUAUGUGUCAUCCUUGGAGUCUUUUAUUAAUGAAGUUGCUCUUGACAAGGUCUCACUUGUGGUUCAGGGAUACUUUGCACCAGUUGUUGUUAAAUAUGUGAGCAAUCAUCAGGAAAAGCAUAAUGAUUUAAUACUCGUCAAUCCUCCUCUAACAGCGAAGCAUUCAAGUCUUCCUUCAACUUUGUCCAUAUUCAGUAACUUCUUAUUAGGUGAAAUAUUUUCUCAGGAUCCUAUAAGGGCUAGUGAUAAAGCCUUGACAAGUUGUGGUCCUUACAAAAUGAAAGAAGAUGAUGCAAUGGUUUAUAGAAGACCAUACCUCACAUCUGGUUCAUCAGGAUUCGCUUUAAAUGCAAUUAGCAGGUCCAUGAGGAAGGAGUUGAAGAAAUACGUAGAAGAAAUGAGGAUGAUUCUACAGGAUAAAAGUUGGAAAGUAAAAACUACAGUAUGCUGGGGCAAAAGAGAUCGCUGGUUGGCCUUUGAUGGGGUUGAAGAUUUCUGCAAGGAUUCAAGCCAUAAGCUUCUUGAAAUUCCUUCAGUUCUUGGUUUUAGAAAAUGGUGCAAUUUAUUCAUUGGAUUUUGUAGGCUGGGCAUCAUGUGCAAGAGGAUUGUGGUGAAGAACUUGGACAACUUAUAUCUGGGAUCAUUAGCAAAGGGAGGUCAAUUUUAUGAUACUUUUCUGUCAUGGAAUAAAUAGUUUUAUUUUUUAUUUUUUAAAAAGAUAGGGAAUAUAUUGUCGAGCGCACAUAAAUCAAGAUAAUUUAACCAAAGAAAUUAUAAAGGUUUCUAUGAUAAUUGGCUACGCUGUACUUUAUGCUAUAAGUAGCUACUAGCUGCUAUACUGUAUUUGUUAAAUAAUUGGUAAAUGAACAUUCUGUUAAAUCUUGUUUGUUA